UUUGACCGCAUUUCGCGAUAAAUUCUUUUUGCGCCGCUCAUCCAAACAGCAGCGCUUCACCUCAGAACAUUAGUUACCGGUUUGAUUUACAACUAGUUAUAAACGAACAUCGAACAGCAUGGUUGUGUCCGUUAAGGUUUUCAAAAAGGCAACGCCCAACGGCAAAGUGACCUUCUAUUUGGGUCGUCGCGAUUUCAUCGAUCACUUGGAUUACUGUGAUCCCGUUGAUGGUGUGGUUGUGGUCGAUGAGGAGUAUCUCAAGAGGCGUAAGGUCUUUGGCCAAUUGGUGACCACCUAUCGUUAUGGCCGCGAAGAGGAUGAGGUUAUGGGUGUUAAAUUUUCCAAGGAGCUCAUUUUGUGCCGUGAAGUAAUUGUCCCCAUGAGCAACCCCAACAUGGAAAUGACCCCAGUCCAGGAGAAAUUGGUGCGAAAACUCGGUGCUAAUGCCUAUCCAUUUACCUUCCAUUUCCCACCCAACUCCCCAAGCUCUGUAACUUUGCAACAGGAGGGCGAUGACAAUGGCAAGCCAUUGGGUGUGGAAUAUACGAUUCGUGCCUAUGUGGCCGAUACGGAGGAUGAGCGACAACAUAAACGCAGCAUGGUCAGUUUGGUAAUCAAGAAAUUGCAAUAUGCUCCACCCACAAGAGGCCAACGUUUACCCAGCUCUUUGGUGAGCAAAGGUUUCACAUUCUCUAAUGGUAAAAUUAGCUUGGAAGUCACAUUGGACAGGGAGAUUUACUAUCACGGCGAGAAGGUGGCAGCCACAGUACAAAUCAAUAAUAGUUCCAAAAAGUCUGUGAAAAAUAUUAAAUGUUUCGUCAUCCAACAUACGGAGAUCACAAUGGUGAAUGCUCAAUUUAGCAAACAUGUGGCCCAAUUGGAGACCAAAGAGGGUUGCCCCAUUACACCGGGUGCAAAUUUGACCAAGACAUUCUAUUUGAUACCCUUGGCCUCGAACAACAAGGAUCGACAUGGUAUUGCCUUGGAUGGUCAUCUCAAGGAUGAGGAUGUCAAUUUGGCCUCCUCCACCAUGGUGCAGGAUGGCAAAUCAACAGGGGAUGCCUGUGGUAUUAUCAUUUCCUAUUCGUUGCGAGUAAAAUUGAAUUGUGGAACACUGGGUGGGGAAAUUCAAACUGAUGUGCCCUUCAAAUUGGCGCAACCGGCACCAGGUACCAUUGAAAAGAAACGUUCCAAUGCCAUGAAGAAAAUGAAAUCGAUUGAACAGCAUCGCAACACCAAGGGCUAUUAUCAGGACGAUGAUGAUAAUAUUGUGUUUGAGGAUUUCGCCAAAAUGCGCAUGAACAAUGCCGACAUGAAUGAUCAAUAAAUGUGAUUAAAUUAGUAAAUGUAUGGAUGGUUGGUGAUGAUCCUGACAGGAUACCUACCAAUGUUUAAGUUUUUAAGACAAUUUUUUUCUAAAUCAACAACGACAACAACACAAGAGAAGAGAACGAUAUUAUCGAAGAAAGCAUCAGGCAUAAGUUGCGGCACUUUCUAAUUUCUGUUUCUGUAAUGUAAUAACAUUUUUUUUCGUAGUCCGCGAAAUUUCACUGGCGGACAUAUCCUGAUUAUUUACUAAGUUAUUAAAGGAACAAAUAUUAAAAAAAUAUAUAAAAAUUUUAAAAAUGAAAAAAAAAAAACAAAAACACGAAACAAUAAAUGUAUAAUAAAUUGUUAUUGGAAUCGGAAGUAAGAAA